AUGAAGUCUUCACUCUUUUACAACCUUGUUUCUUUUAAUGCUGGUCUAGUUGCUGCUACAAAUGCUCGUAGACAAGACAAUGGCACUUCUUCAACAGCACUCUUUGAUUUUGAGACCAUCCAGUUGAAGACUUCAGAUCUCGCACAACUCAAUGCUUCCAUGCAAGCGCUUUUCACAUUUGGGAAUGCUUCUUCAGUAGAUGCAUCAAACAUUGCUUCUUCGAGAUCGGCGUGUAAAGUCUUUCCUGGAGAUGCGGAUUGGCCUGCGGAUGAUGUUUGGGAUAUCUUCAAUGACCUACUUGGUGGUGCACCGAUUAAAACUAUACCCAUCGCAUCAAGCUGUUAUAAUGAUUGGAACUAUAACGCAGAUAAAUGCGCCUUUUUCACAGACAAUUGGUCUAACUUUACCAUGCAUGAAGAGGAUCCUACUUCCAUGAUGUCCCCAAUCUAUCAAGGUCUAACCUGCAUGCCCACCACCGACCCAACAGCAACCUGCACACUUGGCGCUUACCCUGCUUACGUAGUCAAUGCCACAAAUGUCGCACAAAUACAACUUGCCGUCAAUUUUGCAAGAAAUACUGGCAUCAGGUUUGUGGUCAAGAAUACGGGACAUGAGUUCUCUGGUAAAUUCGGUGGAGCAGGUUGUUUAAGUGUUUGGACUCAUUGGUUACAAGAUAUCAGAUAUGAGGGUGCUAAAUUCACUGAUGCGAGUUUCCCUUACACAGGAUCCGCUUUCACAUCUGGAAGUGGUGUUGUCGGUGCAGAUAUUAUGAAAGCAGCUAGCGAGCAGGGGAUGCGAAGCAAGCAUGGUCCUAUGACUUCAGUGUACGGUCUUGCUGCAGAUCAGGUCAUCUCUGCUCGUCUUAUCACAGCCGAUGGACGAUUUGUUACUGCAUCCUCAACGGAAAACACCGAUCUUUUCUCGGCUUUACGUGGAGGUGGUCCCGCAUCAUGGGGUGUGGCGACAUCUCUCACGAUCAAAGCUUACCCAACGACUCCUGUCACAGUUGUAACUUUCACAUUCGCCUCUGGUGGCAAUAUUACUGAUGAUGCUUUCUGGCUCGGUGUCCACUUUACACCAGUAUACAAUACCUAUGAUACGCUAUAUGAAGGAUGGGAUGCAUCUUUCGCUCAAGAAACUGUUGGAUCCGAUGAUGCUAUUGUUGGCUUCCGGCUCUUUCUACAAGAAUAUCUUGAGGACGAAGCAACAUUCAACGCAACAUUCGAUGCUUGGUCAGGCUCAUCGAGAAACAAUGCUUCAUUGCUUGUAGGUUUCAAUAUCAACGCACCAAAUGUCGCAGGGGUUGAUAAUGCAGUUUUGCCCGCGUGGAGGAAGACUACUCUUCACACUAUGCAAGGUACAUCGUGGACGGAUCCUACCAAUUCCACCACUAUGGUUUCCGCUCGGGCUAAGCUUAGCGAACUUCAACUUGCGUGGAAAGCUGUUACCCCGGGCACGGGAGCAUAUCUUGGAGAGUGCGAUAUUGAGGAGGUAGAUUGGCAACAUAAUUUCUACGGUGUGAAUUACGAUAGGUUGUUGCGCAUUAAAGAUGCGACUGAUCCAUGGUCAUUAUUCUGGACCAAGACCGGAGUGGGAAGUGAAGUCGCCAGUGUGGUUAGCAACGAUGCUAUUCCAGAUGAGAAUGGAAGAUUGUGUUUUGAUGGUCUUCAUUCGACCUUUUAA